UUCUGAACCCAGUGUUUAGGAGCCUGAAGACUGCUGAAGAUGACUACGCUUGAAGUAGAAAUGUUUACAGUUUAAACACAAAUUUCAUUUACUUAUUAAUAAUUUGAUAUUUUGAAGCCAUUCAAACUGCCUGAAUUACUUAAAAUGCGAGAUAAAUAGGUAGAUUAUAAUAAAAAAUGGCGAACCCAACAGAGCAAGAAUUACUCCAAUGCAGCAUCAAAUUUCACAACUUUGUUGCCAAAGUGGGUGACGUUACUAUUAAAUGUGAAAUUAUAAAGAUGGAAGAUUCUCUGUAUCUAUGGAUAGGAGAUUCUGCUAAUUCCACCAUGGAUGAUCUGUCCUUUUCAUUUACAUCGAAUUGUAAAACGCAGCCUAUUGCAACCAAAAUUAUGGGUGCUGUAGCGGAUGCUACGUCUACAAAUAUAGCUAGGAGAUUCAGCAUAAAGCUUGGAAAGCCGGUGUAUGUUAGUUUUAAUGUAACAGCGGACAAUAUGUUAUUGCUAGGGAUUGAAAAGAGAGUACAAGAGGAAUUUAAGAUGCAUAAUGAUUUAUUGAGCUUUGAGCAUUAGCAGAUAAUUUCUUAUUCAACAACUUUUUGUACGUACUUAAUACUUUUUACUGUGUAUAACAAAAAAGGUAUAACAAAAUAUAUACAUAUAUGGAAUAUUA